CAGUUCGAAGGUAAAAUAUAAAUUCAUUUUUUAUUAGGCGUUGUCCUCGGGGUCACCGUUGUCAUUGCUUAAAAACGCUUAGCUGUUACGGAAAGUUCCGGUUACUCGUUUUCAAUUUUCAGUGUGUUUGCUAUCAUUUUAAUUCACUUGUCACAAACUUGUCACGUUAAUGUCUAUUCAAACUGUGCCAAUUAACUUAGGAGUUAUUUAUCUACUUUUCAAAAGGACUUAAGUUAAAUGUACAAAACAUUAUGUAUUAUUUGUUUUAAUUUACCUGUGGAAAAUUACUUUGUAUUGUUUUAAUCAACAAUAGCUUAAAAGGGUGUGCAUUUUCUCUCACUUAACAUUUUUAAAUCUCUAUUUUAAGGUGUCACUGCCUUAGCCCACUGUCAUAUUUCGCACACCUCGCAUUAUUGGCCGUCAAAUAACAAAAAAGAAAAUAACAGGUUAUUAUCAUUCUGUGGCCUCUCGGAAGCUAUGCUGUUUUUGAAUAUUUAAUGACCCAUGUCAGCUGCCUGCAGACGUCAUUUCCAUAUUCUAGCAAAGAUACAAAUCCUGAUCCGCUCGGCUGAAGAUAUUUGGAGUUAUCAACAAAGACCUGAAGUUAGCUAGACACUGGUAUGGAUAUAAAGGACAUUCUGUUGUGGCAUGACGUCAAAGUGUCCGUCAUUGUGUUUGUCAGCGGCUUUGUUCUCCUUGUCUGCCUGACACAGUUCAGUGUGGUCAGCGUUUUCACCAACAUAGCGCUGGUCUGCCUCGCUCCGAUGUUGGCCCUACGACUUUUGUUAACUGCAAGAUCAGCGUUUCUGAGAAGCGAAUUUGAACACCCGCUCAAAUCAUAUUUAUCGAAGGACAUUGAAGUAUCUAAGGAUAAGGCUGACCAACUCGGUGAAAAAGUUGCUGAGUUUGCUGUUUCCAUGACUACAAAGCUGAGANAACUGCGAUUGCUACCUUUUAGUCAUAGAUCAAUUAUUAUCUAUGAUUCCUUCAAUACAAUGUGCUUAAUUGAUCAUUCCGUCGCUUCUUACUUUGUUGGAUAA